AUGGAGACUGCCAAGAACGCCGCCAAGUACGUCUCCGAGACUGUCCAGGGCACCGGUGCCGAAGCCUCCAAGGAGACCAACAAGAAUGUCGCAAAGGACAGCGAUGCAAAUGUCUCCACCCGUGCCAGCGCGGCAAAGGACGCACUUUUCGACAAGAAGGAUGAGGCCUCUCAUGACACCAAGGCCGAUGUUCGCAAGGAGCAGGUGAAGCACUAG